AUGACUCUGUACUACUCCUUGGUGUUCGCCCUCCUGGUGUUGGAGAUGGCAUUAUUCGUCACCUUGAUCAUCCCUCUACCGCACUCAAUCAAGCGGAAGAUGUUCAACUUCAUCUCUGAGAGUGUGAUAGUAGCGAAAUUACAAUACGGGUUAAAGAUAACAUUCAUAUUUAUCACUAUCCUUUUUGCGGAUAGUGUCAACCGAGUCUAUCGAGUUCAGCUCGAGAUGGCUGCUUUUGGCAAGCAGUCUAAUGCUGCAGCCGCAGCAGCCAUGGGUACAGACCGCAUGGAGGUCCAAGCCCGAAAAUUCUACUCUCAGCGAAACAUGUACCUCACUGGUUUUACUCUUUUCUUGUCCUUGAUCCUCAACCGAAUGUACCUCAUGAUUCUCGACCAGCUCCGAAUUGAGGACAAGCUCAUGCGCUACGAGGGCAACCCAGCAGGAAGCAGCAAAGAGAGCGAGAAACUUGGUCCACGAUACCGAGCUGAUGAAAUCGGACAACUCAAGAAGCAGCUUGAACACGAGAAGCAGGAUAAGGAGAACCUGAAGAAGCAAGCCGAGAGUCUGCAAAGAGAAUAUGAUGACUUGUCCGCCAAGUUCAACCAGACAAACCCCGGUGACAAGAAGGGCAACUAA